GGGAGCUGAACAAUGUCAAGUGGUCCUGGAUUAGAGUCUCUUGUGGAUCAACAAAUAUCGGUUAUAACAAAUGAUGGGCGCAAUAUAGUGGGAGUCUUAAAAGGUUUUGAUCAGGCUACAAAUAUUAUCCUCGAUGAGUCUCGUGAACGGGUUUACUCCACAACAGAGGGCGUCCAGCAACUUGUAUUAGGCUUGUACAUAAUAAGGGGUGAUAACAUAAGUAUCGUUGGGGAACUAGAUGAGGAGCUUGAUGCAAAUCUUGACCUAUCAAAACUGAGAGCGCAUCCCCUCAAGCCUGUAAUCCAUUGA